UAAGAGGAAAUUGUUUUAAAGAAUCCAUCUUUAUUUAUUAUUUAAAAGAACCCUCCGGAGAAAAGAGAGAGAGAGCAUCAACGCUUGCUGAUCAUCAAUGGCUUCCCCUCCUGUCGUAGAGGAUCUCCCAGCGCCGCUCAAUGCUUCGUCCGAGCCUCCCGCUCUGUUCGACGGAACGACGAGAUUGUACACAAGCUACAUAUGCCCAUACGCCCAGCGUGUUUGGAUCACCAGAAAUCUCAAGGGUAUGCAAGAUAAGAUAAAGUUGGUUCCUAUAGACCUUGGGAACAGGCCUGCUUGGUACAAGGAGAAAGUCUAUCCCGAAAACAAGGUGCCAGCGCUUGAGCAUAAUGGAAAAGUCAUUGGGGAGAGUCUUGACUUGAUCAAAUAUCUCGAUAGCAAUUUCGAAGGGCCUUCCCUUUACCCUGAGGAUCCUGCUAAAAGAGAGUUUGGAGAAGAGUUGUUGAAAUACACCGAUAUGUUCAAUAAUACGAUAUACAGUUCGUUCAAAGGAGACCCGGCUAAAGAAACGGCGCCGGUAUUAGAUUAUCUGGAAAAUGCUCUGCAUAGGUUUAGUGACGGGCCGUUCUUCCUUGGCCAACUUAGCUUGGUUGACAUUGCCUACAUCCCGUUCAUCGAAAGAUUCCAAAUCUUCCUCAGUGAAGUAUUCAAGUACGACAUUACGGAAGGACGCCCAAAACUCGCAUCAUGGAUAGAAGAAAUGAACAAAAUGGAUACCUAUGCCCAAACGAAAAUUGAUCCCAAGGUGCUUAUGGAGUAUUACAAGAAGAGAUUCAUGUAAUAAGGUAUAAAAUGCGUCGGACCGAGCCAACUGUUGGUAAGUAGAGGCUGUUGAUGAAUGGAGCGUAUGAAGACUUUUAAAAACGUCGAGACUACUGUUUUCAGCAUCUUGCUACAUGUUCUUUCGGAGACUUCAAAAAUGUCAGUAAAACUGUAAUAAUUUCUAUACCAGUAAGUAAAACGUUUGGUUUGUAUUUUACUGUCAAUUAAUAAAAGGGCUCGGCAUGUAUUGCGGUAAA